AUGUCACUUAAUAUGAACCUCUUGAAUCGCUUCAUUCCUGUCUCACGUGGAAGACCAUUUUCAACUUCUUUUGCGAAACCUCGGUCGAUAGGUGGCAGUUUGGAAGGACGUGAGGUCACUUAUCCGAUCGCAGGCAAAAAGCCAAAACUUGUGAAACAUUGCAGGGAAGCUGUUUCCGUUGUUAAAAGUGGAUCUCAUCUAUUUGUACACGGUAUCGCAGCAACACCAACACCACUUCUGGAGGGUCUCUGUGAGCAUGUCAAGGCAAAUAAUUUUAAUAAAAUAACUUUACAUCAUAUGCAUCUGGAAGGUCAUACUCCAUGGUUAGCUGUUGAUGUUAGAGAUCGUAUCCGCUCUAAUUCUUUAUUCACUGGACACAAUUUGAGGGAUGCUGUUAAUGAUGGGACAGCUGAUUUCAACUCAAUUUUUCUCCACGAAAUUCCAUUGUUGUUUCGGUCAGGAACGAUUCAUCUAAAUGCCGCAUUAAUUACGGUUUCACCACCUGAUUCUAAAGGUUAUUGCACACUAGGAACUGGUGCUGACUCCACUCGUGCUGCCGUAACAUUAGCAGAUUUCGUUAUUGCAAUUUGUAACAAGAACAUGCCACGCACGUUCGGUGAUACGGUGAUCCAUGAAAGUCACAUCGAUUUUAUGGUUGAAAAUGACUUCGCACUUCAUGAACGCAAAUUUAGUGCAAAAACAUCGGAAGUAGAAAAAAAAAUUGGUCAAUUAAUUGCUAACGAACUAGUUUCCAAUGGCGCCACACUUCAAAUGGGAAUCGGCGCUGUACCAGAUGCUGCUUUGGACGCAUUAGGCAAUCAUAAAAAUCUCGGAAUCCAUACAGAAAUGUUCUCAGAUGGCGUUUUGAAACUUGUAGAGUGUAAUGCCAUAACUAAUGCUAAAAAAAGUCUUCAUCCAGGAAAAAUGGUAGUAUCAUUUGUUUAUGGUUCCAAAAAAUUGUAUUCUUUCCUGAAUGAUAAUCCUUUCGUAUUUUUUGGUGAUGUGGCUUGGGUAAAUGAUCCAUCGAUCGUGAAAACUAUGCCAAAAAUGACUGCAAUAAACUCAGCAGUAGAGAUUGAUCUUACGGGCCAAGUUGCUUCUGAUUCUGUCGGUUCUCGAUUCCUUUCCGGUUUUGGUGGACAAGUAGACUUCAUUCGUGGUGCAGCUCUUAGUGUAGAUGGACUUGGAAAGCCCAUUAUUGCUCUUCCUUCUUCAACAAAAAAAGGAGAAUCGAAAAUUGUCCCUUAUCUCAAUAAGGGAGCAGGAGUUGUGACAUCACGAGCUCACGUACAUUACGUGGUCACUGAAUACGGUAUAGCUCAAUUAUGGGGUAAAAAUAUGCGACAACGGGCAUAUGAACUGAUAAGGAUUUCACAUCCAAGUCAACGGGAGAAACUGGAAAAAGCAGCGUUCGAAAGAAUGAAAGUAAUGCCAUCAUUGGAUUAA